AUGGAUGAAUUUGGUUUUCAAGAAAAGAUCUUCGGCCAACUCCGUGAGAAAGGCAGAGAAAUUAAUGAGGAUCCUUUUAAUAACCAGAAAUUGAAAGAAUAUUUAGGUGGGAGAGGACUGGGUUUAAGUGAUCAAUAUAAACUCCAACAGCAAUUACAGGAGGUGGCAAAUAGCGUUGCAAAGAUCAGUUCGAGUAAGCGGCAUGCCAAUGCUUCAUCAACAUCAUCAUGCCAAUAUCACCCUCGUGAUCCAAUCUAUCUGCAGCAGCAACCCAAGUUCUUGAGAUUGGGCUUUCAUUCAUUCCACACUCAUAAGGAGUUUUAUAAAUUAAAAAUAUUUACGCACGAUACAUCCAUCGCUAAAAUAUUUAAAGAUUCUUUGCGCUCUCCUUCAUACGAAAAGCAUGAAACAGAGGAAUCUGAAAAGAAGCCAACUGCAGAGAUAAAAAAUUACCUCAUUGAAGCUGUAUCCUUGUUCCAAAAAUUCAGGUGUCUCUAUGCCGAUUUGAUUCUCGAUCAUAAUGAAAGAAAAGAGAGUUACUCUCUCAUCAGCAGCAAGCAGUCAGCGGAAGAGGCCUUUAAAUUGGUAGCCGUUGAGCUUGGAUUCAUGUAUGAUUUGCUCUACACAAAGACGACCACAAUUUAUUCCAUGUCUGGUAUGUUUCUUCGUUGCAUCUGUCUCUUCUCCCAUAUUUCUGUAUGUGUUGUGUUCUUUAUCAAUAUUGAUAAGUCUUCAUAUUCACAAACUGACAUCUCCAUAACUUACCUACUCCUACUGGGAGCUGUUUUCCUGGAGUUUUAUGCAUUCAUUGUGCUUCUUCUGUCUGACUGGACAAAACUUUGGUUAACGAAGCGCAAGUCUACGUCCAUUGAUAGAUGUUCUACUGGGUUACUCUCCAACGACAACAGAAGGUGGUCAAGAUCCAUGGGUCAGUACAAUCUUAUAAGUUUUUCUCUUUCAGAGAGCAGAAAAUCAAAAAAAUCCUUUAAUUUGAGGGUUCAGAAGACACUUGGAAUCAAAGAACUGAUAGAUAAGUACAAAUAUUUGAGCUGGAAAGAACUGGAUAAUGAUUUGCUAGAAAUGAUCUUCAAACAGCUCCAAAGGAAAAGCAAAGAAAUUAAAGAUGAUCAUUUUGAUAUGAAGCGAUGCAAAGAAUUGCUGAGUCAAAGAGGCGAAUAUGUGAGUAGCGAAAGGGUUUAUGUUAAUGAUUUAAUUCGCUCGAGUACAAUAGACGUGGAGUUUGACUAUAGUCUUCUUCUGUGGCACGUCACCACUGAUCUCUGUUAUUAUGAUGAUUUCCGUAACCUAAGAGAGGGACAGAAGCUCCCACCAGAAUGCAAAAUUAGCAAAUGGUUAUCAGAUUAUAUGUUGUAUCUUUUGGUGGUCUGUCCAACUAUGAUGCCCAAAGGGAUUGGUGAGCUAAGAUAUAUAGAUACUUGCGUAGAAACCACAAGAUUUUUAAGAAAGAAUAAAGGUUCAUAUAUUAAAACAGAUCGUGCAGCUUAUUUAUUACUUCAGUUUUACAAAACUUGGGAUCAAUACAAUAAGGAUAAAAAUUACUUGUCAGUGCUAGGUCAUGGAUGUGAGCUUGCCCAGCAAUUGCAGCGUUUGAACAUGGUAGGAGAUGAAAAUGAGAGGAAUGUUAAAUGGGAGUUAAUAAGUGAAGUGUGGAUGGAAAUGUUGGAAUAUGCUGCAAGUCAUUGUGGAUGGAAAGAGCAUGGCCAAGGACUUGCGAAUGGUGGAGAGUUGCUCACUCACGUAUGUCUUCUUAUGGCUCAUCUUGGCUUAAGUGAACAGUAUCAGAUCCAACAGCAACCCAUCCAUCAGCGCUGGACUACUCAGCUUUUUGUAACGGCGGUGGUGGACUGGAUUCUAUAUAUAUGUGGCUAUUUUUUGGACACUAUUCUAUAUAUAUGGAAUCAGUUUUUGAAGCUGAUAAAUAGCUGUUUUUGGAACGCGUGCACCUGCUUUCUCUGUUUCUACGUUACUUGUUGCUCCGACCGUCAUUAACCGCGUGCCGCCGUGCCGACUCUCAACAUGUGAAACAGUUGCCUUUUAUGGACACAAUAAACAAGUAAUUCCCUCUCUCCAUAUAUUUUCAUUUUUGAACUCUUUUACCAGAAUUUUAUUUUAAGACUGUUAAAUUUUAUUUGAUUGAUGAUUGUGCUUAUUACAAAAUAAAUUAUUUUG